AUGGCGACAUCCGUUGGCAGCCGUCAGAACGAUAACGAUUUAAAACAAAGAAACCAAAAGGAGGAGAACGAUCAAGGGGGAAAAGAUACGCCAGACAAUCAAAAUGAAGCCAAAAAUAAUGGCGGUGAUCAUAAUCACGGUGUAAAUAAAAACGAUAUCCACACGUUGACUAGGAUAUGGCAAUAUUAUUUCUACUACUACUAUUACUACAAUCAUUAUAUGGCAUUAUUACAUUAUAAUAAUUAUUACAAAAACAACCAAAUAAACAGAAAUCAGCCCAAUAGCAAUCAAUCACCAAGUACAACCAAUACCAAUUCGUCAACUCACAUCAGGCGCACAACUCGUCUCCUCAAUAGACAGCAAGGAGUUAAACCUGCAAGUCUUGCAAAAAGGGUAUUUGCUGAAAUGAUUGACUUUCUCAUAAUCUUCACAGUUAAAACCAUGAUAUUGUCUUAUCACGGGAUCGAAGCUAAAUUCUCUCAAGCACAAUUGCGUGUUUUAAUAGAAGAUAGAUACAACGCCGAAGAUUUACAAUUGAUUAUCGUUUACGCGAUAUUUUAUAGAAUAUUUGUCUUCAUUAUUGAGACUAUUUGCCUGUACAAAGGCGUUGGUAACGGUAUGACAAUUGGGAAGUUAAUUGUUGGUAUACAGGUAAUUGCAUGUGAUGCUAUUAUCGAUGAUGGCAAUACAGGAAACAAUCACGGAUACGUACAAGUAUUUCCAGGAGAUAGUUUAAACUGGCAAAGGUCUAUCAUGAGGUCUGUGAUAAAGAACUUUUCUACCAUGUUUUUCUUUCCUGUUAUUUUAACAAUUAUGUUAUUCAAGCAUGGAAGAACCGCAUAUGACAUUAUUAGUGGGACUAUCGUUAUUGAACGUCAAAUUAAUCGUUUACCUGGUAGAAAUUAG